UUCCAGUGGAAAAUUCAGCAGCUCAAAUCACGGAAUUGCAAACUGAUUUAGGCUAUAUUUUACUAAAAGUAGCAUAGUCCCAAAAUAUGCCCCGAAAAACGUCAAAUCGGGUGUUUUUCUAGACUGAAACAGGUAUUUACAAUUUUAAUAACACCGGGAAAUUGUACUAUUCACCAUGUCUUUGUUAGGAUAAUAACGGGCAAAUCGACCCACAUGAGUAAGAUGACAAUAUUUCACCUAGAGCUAGUUCGAUUUUCCACUGGCCGAGUGACACUCGCACCUCAGUCUGUCAGUAGAAGGGACUCAGAGCAAGCGACACUCGACCGUCUCUGAAUCUGAUCGUUUGCUAGUAAUAAUUGGUCGAAGACAGGAAUAUAGACUCACAGGCUAUGACUGUCACUGUUUUUAUCGAUUGGUAAAUUGUGAGAGCAGAUCCUAACCGGCGUGCGACAGACGGUUUUGACCACUUGAUUAAUAAAGGGGAGAGAUUGGUUAGAAUCAGUGGGUUUCCCACUGCUUUCUCUUCGGGUCCUACAGGCUUUCCGUGCAGAUUCCCUCGGCAAACUUGAUCAACGAUUCUCCAAAAUUGAAAUAAACCAUGGAAUUUGACAGUGGCUGACAAACACAAAGCUGAAAAGAUAGAAGUGUGGGGCUUCUUUUUCCCGCGGGACAAGAUAAGAAUACAGAACCGCAAGACCGAGAGAAUUACACCAAGCAUUUCUAAAAACCCUCUGGUCAAGAUACGUUUUAAGCGGUUAAAGCCUCAAACCACUACAAGUGCAAAACUGACAAAACUAAGGAGUAGAUAUAUUUAUUAUUUAGAGCUUGGAUCUGUUCGGAAACUAGUAAUUACAAAUGCAAAUACACUUGAGCGCCCGCUUGAGCGCAACCUGCCAAAGCAGUUGUGUUACACAAUGUUUCUAUUCGAGCGUACUUUCCGGUAUAAACAAGUUCACUUCCGUUUCCAAGUCCCGGAUGAAAAACUGCUAAUAAAUCCUAAAUAACCUGAAAUCAUAAACUGACCCGCACAGACCUAAUUGAAUCGCGAUUGUCAGUGAUGAGUAGGACUUUAGUGCGUUGAAAUGCUUCCCGACCAACGGAUUUUUCCUCUGUGGAUAACGUACUCUUGCCUGGAAACAAUGGUUUAAACAUUCCUCCGCACUAAGCAUGGGAUGAAAUGAAAGAUAACAACCCGUUGGCGAUCCCGACAGCAUGGUGGCGAUUCGAAGAGUCAAGCGCUUGAUUCAGCUUUCGGUUCUAGCUGUUUUGCUCGUCACGUUACUAUUGUUUCUUCAGUGGAACGAAAUAUCAGACUCGGAGAAGUUCAAUCCCGUCAAAAGAGGGAAGACGUCCUUGGAUGUGGAGUAUCGAGGUCUUACGGACCCCGAGCGAGAAUUUGACGUGAAUGGAAUAUUGAAGGAUAUACAGGGAAACAAUGAUGCAGGUAAAUACAGAGCAGAAGACUGGAAAACAGCAUUUAGUGAAAAAGCCAAGCAUCAAGUUGAGAAAAAAAACAAUUUCCAUGGCAAAUGGAAAGAAACUGCAGUUAGAGAAAAGAUGGACCAUGUAGAGAAGAGGAAACUGAAACAGUUAAUGCCAAAUGAAAGCCAAACAUUAAACAUCACUACUUCCAGUACCACGACUCACGACAAUGCGACAAUUCAAGUAUUGACCACCUUGCCGACUGCAGCUGCAGUCAACAACAAGAAAGAAGGAUCACCAAGACCUACUGCACAAGGACAUGAAAAAGAAUCACACACCCUUUAUGAUCACCACAUUCAAAACAACCUUACCAGGAAAAGAUUUCCAUGGACAAAAGAGAUGCUUGGAGGUCUAAACGUUCACAUAUGGCAGGCCUGGUGUGGAAGUACAAUUCAUGACCUGCGAAGAAACAGAUUCUUCCCUUUGUACCCGGAUGUUCGCCUGACCAUAAAGAAAUUCUUCCUUCGUCAUAUGGAAACUGACUACGGACAAAGAAUAUUUGGCUACAUUCUUCCCCCUGUCUCAGGAAAAUACACUUUCGCUAUAUCUUCAGAUGACAGUUCUGAACUCUGGUUAAGCUCAGAUGAAAAUCCUUCGAAAGUCAAACUCAUUGCUUGGGUUGGAAAUCGCACUCUUCUCAGUGGCACGUUUAAAACUAAAAUCGGGCAGUUUACAAAGUACAAAACUCAGCUCUCCCGUCCUGUUUUCCUUCAUAAAGGGCAAAAAUACUUCAUUGAAGCGUUGCAUAAACAGGCCAACCUACAAGAUCACAUCUUGGUCGGAUGGAAAAUUCCAGGUUUGAAUCAUUUCAGACACUUGUCUGGUUCCUCAAUCUCGGCAGUUAUCGACGACGUCAAAGCCCCAAAAGAUGUAACUGAGUAUGCUGAAUUUAUACCGCAGGACCUUCCAAGUCAUUCUCAUUACAGAACUUCGAGAGUUACACUUGACCCGAAUUUUUUCAGAGUUGGAUCGGACGACUUGCGUGACAAGGCGCACAUGGCGAAGUUAGUGGACGAGCGUGACAUCGAGAAGAUAUUCCCUAGUUGUCCGUACAGUCCUAGUUAUUUAGUGGACUUCAAACUGAGGCGUUAUGAUGGCGUGAAGCUAAUUCACGAUACUGCGCUUUAUCCGAAUGAUUAUUCUGAUCUGAUGCACAUGAAACAAUACGACCAAUGCGUGCGACGAAGGGUCAAGGACUCACAUGGCAGCCAAGUUGGUUCUCUUCCACCUAAACUGAAGUCGAAUCGAAGUCUCUACGAGAAUGGAAGCAUCGCUGUAUUUCGUGACGGUAAAGCGUUUUUACCGUUGUCGUUCGCGAAAAGUGCGGAGGAAAGAGAGCAAGCGGAAGAACAGUUGCUUGAAACGCAAAUGGACUUGAGGGAUAUUAAGAGACUGAGUCAAGAAGUUGAAGAUUCCACUCAGUCAUCAAAGGAAGCUCAUCCUACCAAGCAGGCGCAUUCUUCACCAAACCAUAACCAAGAAAAAAUGUUUGAAAUGAAGAAAAAAGCGAAGCGGAAAAAGACGAUCACAGCUUCUAAUAAAAGAACGAAAAGGAGCUCUUCAAAGAAGGAAGAGUCCCCUGAGAAAAGUAAGGACAGGAAAGGGAGAGAUAAAGGCAGGAAUAGCAGGCCUCCACAGGCUUUACCAGUUGGAUCAAAACGGGAAGAUGUACGUGACAUCGAAACAGCUGCGCCUGGUAGAUCACAUGAUCAAGCAUCACGUGAUUUGACGACAAUCCAGUCAAAUCGAGAAGAUAGUUCAAUAGGAACUCGGCGUAAACUGUUGACCAUCGAUACUAAUAGCACUGUGGUACGCGCACCCAAUCGUGGUAUCGCAUCAAAUGGGGUCAAUCCUGCGGGGUCGUCCCGCAAUACUCUUGCAGUGAGCAGAAUCGACGACAACCUUGAGCCGAGCAGGCGUCAUAAUUUCUUUGGAUAUGGCUUGUUCAAUGCGCACCUAGAGAGAGGACAGAACUCGAGCUAUAGCAACUCACAGCAACACGGAGGACGCAUCCAGUUUUACCCCGUUGAUAAGCAAGACGAUCAAAUGACGAGGAUGAACGCGGCAAGGGAGUUCGUGCGCAAGAUGAUCUAUGCCGUGCAAAUCUACAACCAUCGUGUCAAUUCGCGCUCCCUGACCGAGGCUGUGUUCAGGAAAUUUGGAGUCAAAAUGAAGAUACCGAACAUAGUGAGGGUUCCAGAUUACAAUGGCUGGAUUUUUCAUCAGAACAGGACUAAGUGCGCCAGCGAUGGAAAUCUGCUGCUAAACACUGACGUGGCGAUAAGUGUCGUGAAUCGAUACAUGCGCGCACUGAAGAAAGCUAGUAACAGUAAAUACUCCUUGAAAGGUAUCGUGAAUGUGGAAGAAAAUCACGAUGUUAUGAAAGGAGACAGAUAUCUAAUUGAACUGGAGCUGAAUGUCGAGGGAAGAAAUUCAUCUGUUCGCUUGUCACAGUAUAUAUAUCAGAAAAUCGGCAGCACGGAAUUCUGUUUACCAAAAGCGUUUGUGUUGAAUCAACACUCCACGGUGCAUAUCAUUAUCCCAGUCAAGAACCAAGGAAAGUGGGUUCAGCAUUUUAUUGACAACAUGGUCGAGCUCUACUUAGAGACAGGCGAUCCUCAUGUAAACAUAAUCAUUGUAGACUUCAGUAGUACGGAUAUUGAUGUGUUGGCCGCUUUGAAACGAAGCCAGUUAAAAAGGUAUCAAGUAAGGAAAUUUAAAGGGGCUUUCCAGAGAGCGUAUGGUAUUCAUGCUGGUGCAGCGUUAGUCAAGAAUCCCCGUGACAUUAUUUUCAUGUGCGAUCUUCAUCUUCAAAUCCCAAGUAACAUCGUCGACAUUAUUAGAAAGCACUGUGUUCAAGGAAAGAUGGCAUUUGCACCGAUUGUUGCUCGACUUCAUUGUGGUUUCUCGCCGUCGCUUCCCUUCGGUUUUUGGGAGCUUCAAGGUUACGGGCUGUUCGCCAUGUAUAAGUCAGAUUUCACUCGAGUUGGUGGAAUGAACUACAAGGAAUUCAGGACCACGUGGGGAGGAGAAGACUGGGAACUAUUGGACAGAGUGCUCCUCUACAAAAUGGAGGUGGAGAGAUUACGUGUGCCCAAAUUUUACCACUACUAUCACUCCAAGAAAGGAAUGUGGGGAACCAGGAACAUGUUCAACUCAAACAACCGUGAUAUGUUUGGCCGCUUUGAUGACAACAGUGAAAUUAUACCGCUGUACAACGAAACGAAAGAGCGAGAAGAAGAGAAACGUUUUAUAUACUACAGAAAGUAUUCUCAUAGCAAAAGAUAGUUUAGCUGUAGUUUUUAGUAGUAGUGUACAAAUUUGAGUCAUAAAAUAGGGUAGUUUUAGUUCACAAUAUUUCUGCAUUAGUGUGAACUGCAGAAAAUUUCAUUUAGCUAGGCCAACUUAAAGACACCGGAAAUAAGAACGACUCUGGAAUUCAGUAAUUCUCCAAGUAUGAGACGAAUAAUUUGAGUUAUGCCCUUUCAACACCGCUAAAUCUUCAAUAAGCCGCUAGUAAAGUUGCCUGUAAAUGUCUGUAGAUGAUCAACAUUUAUACAGAGCAGUUUUUUCCCUUUCCUUUUACAUUUGGCAUAGUUAUUAACUUUCAUUUGGCGUGGUCAGCACCUUUUACAUGUUCUGUUCUUUUGUCAUAUUUAUUAUUUCUUUUUCAUCGGGUUAAUUGUUUUUAAUCAUGCCAAUUAGGUCGAGCUUGUUGCCCCUUAGAGUUUGGCUCUGAGUGGGUGAUUAUAAAGCCAACAUGUUAUCAAACAGUCGGGCCUUGCUAAUCUGGUGAUAAUCUGAGUUAUUAAAUGGGUGUCCCGGCAAUAAUUGUGCACGUAGUAACGAGGUGUUGACGCUGAGUAAGGUGUGGGGUUCGGUCACAUUGGUAAUAAGGUUUUAUUUGGAGGAAAAGCGAAUUAAUAAGCAUAUAUUAUAUACGAACAGAAAUUAUACAUACAUUAUAUAUGAACAGAAAUUCCAAAUGUAUAUAUAUUUUGUGACAACGGUUCGUCUGUGUUACAGACACCAGGAAAAUACCAAUUUUUUAAAGACUUCCGUCAAAGCUAAAAUAAUGACAGUUGAGCAUCGUCAUGUUGAAGAUGAAACCUGCGGAAAUUUUUUCUCAUUAAUAAUUGAGAUACUUUAAUACUGUAAUAAAUUUCUCCUAGUCUAAUUGAUAAGAUGCAGCUGGUUUCAUCCUGCCAGUUCUAUUGGAUAAAGGGAAUACUAUUUAUACAUUUAUGGUGAACAUGACAACAGGUGACUGGAUUUUUAUCUGUGAGUACAUAUCGGGGAGGGGGCGGGGGGUGGGGGGAGGAAUUGGUUAGUUACUUAUAAAAUCGAGUUUACUUCACAUGACGUACACAUUAAAACUAACAUGUAAAACUCUACUGUACAGUCGGCCAGGGAAAUUGCAGGUUUCAAUACAUCACACGAGGCUUUACAUUAAAGUGUCAAAUGGAUAUACGAAUCUUUAGGAAAUCUAUUAAAUUACGAGGUACAGUACCAAAAUGGUGACACUUUUCUAUUUAAAAAAAAAUACAGUGUGUAAUCGCGUUUGUACGCCAGGCCUGCGAGCAAGCUCUGUGUGCGGAGAAGUGAUUAGCUUAAGUACAUAGGUGGGGAGAUGUCAAGACUAUGAAAUGUCUUAGCAGGUUUACAUUACUUUUUUUAUUGUUAAGUUGAUUCUCAGAUUGUUAUUAUUAUUAUUAUUAUUAUUAUUAUUAUUAUUAUUAUUAUUAUUAUUAUUGAAAUAAAAAUGAUGGUCGUUACUUAUAAAGAAUUGCUUAUUAAACGAAUCUAUUGGUCUUCCGUUUAACAGCAA